UAUCUUGGUAGUGAUCUGUAAGAGGUUUAAAGUUGCUCUCAAAGGCAGAGUUGGUGUUUGAAUGAUCAUUGUUGGGAAGCAAGAAUCAACAUUUGGAUGAAUAAAUACUGAAAAAGGUUACCUGGUAUGAUUGAUGCAAUGGGUGCUGCUGGAUCAGCAGAUGACAUUAAUGCUAUGGAAAUUCACCACUGGUACACAAAGUUUAUGAAGGAGUGCCCAUCCGGACAGCUUUGCCUGCAUGAAUUUAAACAUGUCCUGGAUCUACACGGACUCACUCCUGAAGCUAACAACUAUGUUGAACAAGUAUUUCACACAUUUGACAUGAAUAAGGACGGAUUUAUAGACUUCUUGGAGUUCAUAGCUGCCAUAAAUUUGGUUAUACGAGGGAAAAUUGACCAAAAAUUGAAAUGGUAUUUCAAGCUAUACGAUGCUGAUGGAAACGGAUGCAUUGACAAAAAGGAACUAUUAAGCAUAUUCAGGGCUAUCCAGGCUAUUAAUGGCUACACCAACAUGAGUGCUGAAGAGUUCACAAACAUGAUAUUUCAGAAGAUAGACGUGAACAAUGACGGGGAACUGACUUUAGAAGAGUUUAUCAAUGGUGUGGAAAAAGACGAGGACCUAAUGGAAUUGAUUACGAAAAGUUUUGACCUUUCCAACGUACUCAAAGUCAUACAGAAUGGCAGGAGAAACAGUGUCUGAAGGAUCCAGUCAUGGAGGUGGUGUCUGUUUCAUCAUUUCAAGGAAGAUAAUAUUUGAUAUAUUCAGAGAGCUUAAUGUUGUCAAAGCCUGCCCGGGCAAUACUGAGCCGCCUUCUCCAGGAGUAACAAUUUUCACUCUUCAUGUAUCUCCUUUUAUUUUCUUUAUUCCUUCCCUUGUUAAUGACUGUGGCAGCCACAGAAAAAAGAAAAAAACCCAACAACUUUUGCCUGCAUAAUAGAAAAGGUAUUUGAUGCAGUCAAAGUAACUUAUUUGAUCUUUAUGAACAUGUUGUGGUCAAACCCUGGCUAGCUCACUCCACUCUAGUGGGAUGGGGAAGAGAACUGGAAGAGUGAAACAUGUGGGCUGAGAUAAAGACAGUUUAAUAUGGAAAGAAAAUGAGUGGAAUCAAAGCAAAGCAAGGAAUCCAUUCACUCUUUCCCACAGGCAGGCAGAUGUUCAGCCAUCUCCAUGGAAAACAUGGAUCCAUCGAGCAUAAGGGUGACUUGAGAAGACAAAUGCCAUCACUUUGAACAUUCCCUUCCUUCUUCUCACCCAGCUUUAUAUGCACAGCGUGAUUCCACAUGGUGUGGACCAUCCCUGUGGUCACCUGGGGUCAGCUGUCCUGGCUCUGUCCCCUCACAACUCCUUGUGCACCCCCAGCCCACCUGCUGGCGAGGUGGGGUGAGAGGCAGAAAAGGACUUGUCACUGCGCAAGUGCUUCUCAGCAGUAAUGAAAACAUCUCCGUGUUAUCGAUAUUGUUUUGGUCACAAAUCCAAAACACAGUCUCAUACCAGCUACCAUGAAGAAAAUUACCACUAUCCAAACUGAAAACAGCAUGUUCUCUUCUGUUCAGACUAAUCAAUAAAAUCAUGGAAAUAACGCGAACUGCAACUUUCCUAGAAGACACAAAGUUAAUAAUAUUUUUUCUUUUAAUAAUGUGUUCUUUAACCUACUAUCUAAAGUGUGGGCACAAACUUUUAGGUAGGACUCUGUUCUAUCUGGAUGAAUUAAGAAUAAAAACUGCUUUGUAUUAAUCUAACAUUUGCUCUAAUCAGUACUCAAAAUUGGAUUCAGUUCUCUGGGAAACACUUCAGUUAUCUUAAUAUUCCCAAGAUGUUUAUCCUCCUUAACAAG